CGCAUGCGCCGUACUCGCGGAAGAAGCCAUGUUAAAGUUGUGUUGACAGUCUCUGUGUGUAUUAGUCCGGGUCGGUCCGGGUCAACGUCUCCGGGUCGGACCGGUGAGUACAGCCAGGAAGAUGAGUUGCUGUCCGGACAUCUCCCGCAGGAACCCGCAGGACGACUUCCAGCUGAUCCAGCGGGUCGGCAGCGGGACGUACGGUGACGUCUACAAGUCAAGCAGGACCAUGGAAGGAGGCUCCACCAGGAUCGAUAAGAACCUGCGAGACGAGAAAGCACAAGAACUCCGGGGAAGAAGUGAAGCGAGGAGUGUCAGCACUGGAGAACUGGCUGCCAUCAAGGUCAUCAAACUGGAACCUGGUGAGGACUUUGCGGUGGUGCAGCAGGAGAUCCUGAUGAUGAAGGACUGUAAACACUCCAACAUCGUGGCAUACUACAGCAGCUACCUCCGCAGGGACAAGCUGUGGAUCUGUAUGGAGUUCUGUGGAGGAGGAUCACUGCAGGACGUCUACCACAUAACUGGUCCACUGACUGAGUCCCAGAUCGCGUACGUACUGAGGGAAACACUGCAGGGACUCUUCUACCUGCACAGCAGAGGGAAGAUGCACAGAGACAUUAAGGGAGCGAACAUCCUGCUGACCGACAACGGAUACGUCAAACUGGCGGACUUUGGUGUGUCAGCUCAGAUCACUAUGACCAUCGCUAAGAGGAAAUCCUUCAUCGGGACUCCAUACUGGAUGGCUCCAGAGGUGGCGGCGGUGGAGAGAAAGGGCGGAUACAACCAGCUGUGUGACAUCUGGGCCGUCGGCAUCACCGCCAUCGAACUGGCAGAGCUGCAGCCACCGAUGUUCGACCUCCACCCCAUGAGAGCUCUGCUGCUGAUGACCAAAAGUAAUUUUCAGCCACCCAAACUGAAAGACAAGGUGAAGUGGUCAGGAAACUUCCAUCAGUUUGUAAAAAUCGCUCUGACCAAGAACCCCAAGAAACGACCUGCAGCUGACAAACUACUGCAGCACCCGUUUGUCUCUCAGCCCCUCAGUCGUACUCUAGCUAUGGAGCUGCUGGAUAAAGUCAGUAACCCGGACCAGAUUUCCUACCAGGACCAACUGGACCACCUGGAUGAUGACGAAACUGACACAGAGGUUGUCUCUGUCCCUCAGAGGAUCCCGUCUGGAAACACCAGAGAAGGAAAAACUCUGUCUGAGAUCAACUUUGAUCAGAUGAAGUUUGAUCCUCCUCUGAGGAAAGAGACUGAAGCUCAUCGUGAAGAGUCUGACUCGGACCGUUUCCUGGACUGUGAGGAGGAGCUGUACUACACCGCCAGAUCCAACCUGGAGCUACAGAUGGAGGAUGAAGUUGCUGCUGCAGGAUCAGGAUCAGGAUCAGGAUCAGGAUCAGGGUCAGGGUCAGGACCAGAAUCCAUCCUCAGUGAAAACAGGAGCCUGCUGAAGUCUGUGGAGGAUAAGCUCAACCAAAGGUAUGAAAACUUUCCGUCCACCAGGGGUCAUGAGACUCACCUGGAUGACGAGACAAUGAGUGAGGAUGAAGGUGAGACUGAGGAUGACGCCGGCUGUGUGGAAGGAGGUCACCAUGACAACGACAAUGGAGGCGACAGUGACACACAGCAAGUAAAAGACUUGACGCUGCGGCCCAGCCCUCCUCCUCCUCAAGCUCCGCCCCCUCAGGUGUGUCCUCUCACCUGUCCUGGAUCUGUGUGUUCGUCAGAACCAACAGCUCAUAUCUCUGCCCCUCUUCAGGAUGACCCUGAUCACCAUAGCGACCAGGACCAGGGUACCAUAAAGCGCCAUCCUCUGUCAGAGAGCCCCGCCCGCUCAGCUACUCAGGGUCCCCCCAGACCUCCACCCCCCAAACUACCCCCCCACAGACUCAGCAGCCUGGGGAGUGUCCCGUCCUCAUCCAAUCAGCAGCCUGCGGUGCCUGCUGCAGGCCUCAACAGGAGGGACAAGAAAGAUCCUCCACAACCCGUCAGCAACGGACUCCCUCCCACACCUAAAGUCCAUAUGGGAGCUUGUUUCUCGAAGGUUUUUAAUGGCUCUCCUCUGAAGAUUCACUCUGCUGCCUCCUGGAUCGACCCCAACACCAGAGAUCAAUAUCUGAUCUUCGGGGCUGAGGAGGGAAUUUACACUCUGAACCUGAACGAACUGCAUGAGAACUGUAUGGAACAGCUGUUUCCUCGCAGGUGUACCUGGGUUUAUGUGAUGAACAACACUCUGAUCUCCAUCUCAGGUAAAGCCUCUCAGCUGUACUGCCACAGUCUGGCCGGUCUGUUUGAACAGGCUCGACACAAACAGAAGCUCACCGUCUCCAUCCCGACUCGCCGUCUGCCCGAUCGCAUCCUGCCACGGAAGUUUUCAAUCUCCAAUAAGAUUCCUGACACUAAAGGCUGUCUGAAAUGCUGCGUAGUGAGAAACCCUUACACAGGUCAUAAGUACCUGGGUGGAGCUUUCCAGUCAGGUGUGGUCCUGCUGGAGUGGGUGGAUCCAAUGCAGAAGUUCAUGCUGGUCAAGAAUGUGGACUUCCAGCCUCCGUGUCCUCUGGAGGUUUUCGAGCUGCUGGUCGUCCCCGAGGAGCCUUACCCCCUGAUUUGUGUUGGCCUGAACAAAGGAACUGAACCCAACCAGCCUGUCAGCUUCCAGACCCUCAACCCCAACUCUUCCUGCCCUACCCCCCCAGAUACAGAAAGCCCUCAGAGUUGUGUCAUCCACAUCACUCAGCUGGAGAGAGACACUGUCCUGGUCUGUCUGGACCGUUGUAUAAAGAUCGUAAACCUUCAGGGGAAACUGAAGUCCAGCAAGAAGCUGUCAGCUGAGCUCACCUUCAACUUCCAGAUCGAGGCGAUUGUGUGUUUACAGGACAGUGUUUUGGCCUUCUGGAGACAUGGCAUGCAGGGGCGGAGCUUCAGAUCAAACGAGAUCACUCAAGAGAUCAGUGACAACAGCAGGAUGUUCCGCCUGCUUGGCUCCGACAGGGUGGUGGUUCUGGAGAGCAGAGCGACAGAUAACCCGACUGAACACAGUAACCUGUACAUACUCGCUGGACACGAAAACAGCUAUUAAUACCAGGACCAAACCAGGACCAAACCAGGACCAAACCGGGAACAAACCAGUUCAAAUGAAGCUCUAAAUCUGGAGUGCUUCAGUUACCAGUCUGGUAUUGUACGACUGUGGUUCUGCCGCCUUACCAUCACAUUUCUGAAGAACCAGGACCAAACCAGGGCCUGUAUUGUCCAACGUCUUAAAUUAUCCCACAAUUCAACUGUAAAUGUAGUCAACGAACAAUGGUGCCAGCUACUACCAUGCAUUACAGUUGACAGUAGUAUCCGACACCAAGUUAACAAGUUUAGAGCCUGCCAGUCAUUCCGAACUGGACCCACAGCAGGUCCAGAACCAGAGUCCAGCUCUGUGUUUUCUCACCAAAUUCUUGAACCGGUUCUGUUCAGGAUUCUUGGAACGUUGGUGCUAUCUAGUGAACCAGCACACGUGGAACCAGUGUAAUCGGAUCAAGAGGGGGCGCUGCACAACGACCAGUAGAAUGUGAUACACCCACUUUGGUUCCCAUGGGAAACAUAAACUUCUGUGGUUCCGAAACUGUUUAUUUUUGGUAAUAAUGCGGUUCACAACCGGGUGGGUGAACCAGAACAGAGCAGUUCCCUCUUGGUGGAAAAGGCCUAACUGUGGACCACUGGUGGAUCCAGUUACUGAAACAUUAUUAUAAUCAAUAAAAUUCAUCAGAACUCGAAGUCUGUACACAGUUUUAUGAUGAGUAAUGGGUAAUGAGUUGUAUGUUUAUACUGUAAAGAUACAGUAUGAGAGUAUUUGUUGGAUCCAGUCUGUGACGCUGCCGUCACGUUUCAAGAUGGUUCAGUGAAGCAGCCGAGACAAUGGGAUGAUCUGAAGUUUUACACAGGAAGUCAUGUUUAGGUAUUUUCUGGUAUUUUUAAUGAUAUCUUAGAUUUUCCUGAUGGACAGAUUGAUAAGUAGCCAACCGCUAACUGCCGUUAGCUCAGUCAGCCAUGCAACUAACCUAACUGACUCAGCUCUGGGAUGCCAGGAGCCAGACCCGCAGUACCCGGGUCCACCAGCAGGAGGCAGGAGUGAUGAAGGCAGUGUCUGUUGUGUAUGUAUUGACUAUUAUCAGUUACUGAGCUCUGACUAUGGAGCAGAUAAACAUUUAACCUGUCCGUCUCAAUAUUAAAGCUGCUUUUAAAUUUUACAUUUAUUCAGUCUUUUUUAUGCUGAUGUGCAAACACUGUAAAAUAAAACGUCUUUUUUACUCUGAUCAGUGCUCGUGUCAAUAUUUAUAUUAAAGCUUCAGUUCAACACAAAUCACAUGUCCUGAUUGAUUCUCUUUGAAUUCUUCUUUGUAUCACUUUUUCAAUUGAAGUCACAUUUUCAUCUUAUUUUUUAUUUUACUGGCAGAAAUGGUCUUCCAGAGAUAGAGAAAAUAUUUGUUGUGUACUGAAUAAAAUUUAAAUUAAAAUUUA